AUGUCCGUGCAAUCCGGGCGUAACGGCCCACGUUCGAAGAGUGGCUGUAGUACCUGUCGUCGUCGCAAGGUGAAAUGCGGCGAAGAAAAACCAGUCUGCGGACGAUGUUCCGCCUUGCGUCUCAAUUGCGAAUGGGGAGUUCCGGUCAAGCGUGGACGGAGUACACAGAUCAGACAUCUCGAACCGGCACCGAGUGCGCCCGAACAGUGGCCCUUGCCCGAGUUCGAAGAUCUAGUCGAUACCCAACAGGAUCUCCUUUAUACAAGUCUUUCCCCCGUUUCUUGGGCAGGCGAUUUCGUGCCCUUCGACACAACCCAAUUGACGUCGUUCCGUUCCACGCCCAUUGCGACCCCGAUCUACCCGUCGUUAAAUUUCAAUAAUGUCGCUUGCGCCAAUUCCCUGGCGCUCAAUGCGCUUGAUCUUCAGUACUUUCAGUACUUUCCUUCAUCCUCUCUCGUUUAUUACUAUAUGAAAGGUUGGAAGUGGAGCAGUUUUUGUCAUCUAUAUCAAGGCCCUGCUGCGUCCAACAAAGUAAUAAUGCGGAUGAUUCUCGCGCUAUCUGCGUGUGACAUGCAUCGCAAUGGCUUGGUUGUGCGUUCUCCGGGUCGACCGACAGCAGACGACCAUGGGCGAUAUCAUUAUAGUCUGGCAGUGAAAGAGUUCAGGCAACUUCUCGAGACACCGCGACAAGUGUCUUUGGGUGAGGUCGAGACGGUCUUUGCGACAGUCUUCUUGAUGAUAGCUUGGGAGUGGCAGUUUGGACACUCGGUGCGUCACUUACAACUUCAUCUCCAGGGUGUACGCUCACUUCUGGAAACGCACCCUCAACUUUUCCGCAUCAAAGAUGUGAAUGAUAUGCUCCUAUCUCCUGGGUCUGGUGGCCUAUCUGAUGAGCCUGGGACCGUUGCCAAGAUGUCUUUCAUUCCUGAACAAUUUUUAUUGUGGAUAUUAUAUAUCGACUCCAGCUGCCGUCCGAUGGGUUUGACCGAGUCUUUAAAUGAUUAUGUUGCACAAUCUGGGAAUCCCGCUCUACAGCCAGAUCAUCUGCAUCGUUGCGCUCGUCUCUGGGGCCGAUGCUUCUGGGGCGAGCAGUAUCCCGAUGAGGAGGUUCUGGAUGACAUUGAGAACUACCGGGCCCUUGAACUGCUGCAUGACGGAUUUUGUCUACGCCAUCGAACUUGGAAAUCCCUCGUGGACUCCGCGGCUGGUACCGCCGACUCUGCAGAUGUCAUAUUUCGUGAAAUCCUCACUAUCCGAGAGAAAUUCUCCGACCUUUUUGUCACUGCGAGAUUCGCCGCCGGUGUCUCUGCUCGCCGAACGGUCAAUACCAUCUAUAUGGCCGUCUCUACCUUCUACGCUCAGGUUAUUCUUCACCGUCGCCUUCUUUGUGUAGAUACCUUGCCUGCAGCCAUACACCAGCAGGCCACUGCGGGAAUUGUUGAUAUUGCCCAGAAGCAGUUCAUAAGCGAUCCAAAUUUACUCAGACGUCUACAUUGGCCGUUAUUGAUGGCAGUGAUUGAAACCAGUGACCCAACGCAACAAGCGUGGCUCCGACAGCGCUUAUGGGAACUACGCGAGUUCCAUUCUGAGUACGUGUGGGCACAUGGCGUUGCCGAGCAGAUCCUGGCUCAGCAAGAUGUCAGCCAAGGCCGAUAUGUCAAUUUGGCCGAGUUAUUACUCCAGCGUUUUCAUGCACAGUGA